UACGGCUGUAAUCAGUGAAUUAGAAAAAAAAAAACACCAGCGAGGAUUUUUAUGAUUUUUUUUUUUUUUCGUCGUCGUUACAGGGCCUUUAAACGUAGGGUAGGGGCGAACUUUUUUUUAAGAGGCUUUGAGGAGAGGGCCAUGAAUUACGAAUUUGAGCGAGAGAUUGGUUUUAUCAAUAGUCAGCCGUCGCUUGCUGAGUGCCUGACAUCCUUUCCCCCUGUCGGUGAUACAUUUCAAAGUUCAUCAAUCAAGAGCUCUGCGCUUUCACACUCGACACUUAUUCCUCCUCCUUUCGAGCAGACCAUCCCCAGCUUGAAUCCAAACAGCCACCCUCGCCACAGCCGACCUAAACAGAGCCCAAAUGGUAACCACGGCAGCCCUGUGCCAGCGGGCUCCCUGCCUCCGGAGUACCCCUGGAUGAAAGAGAAGAAGGCGUCCAAGAAGCACCCCUUACCUCCAGCCUCCACUGCCCCAGCCACUGCAGCCUGCCUCAGCCAGAAAGAAAUUAUUGAAAUUCAGGAUAACAGUAACGGAGGCUCCAGGAGACUAAGGACAGCUUACACCAACACCCAGCUUCUGGAGCUGGAGAAGGAAUUCCAUUUCAACAAGUAUCUGUGCAGACCUAGGAGGGUGGAGAUCGCAGCUUUGCUGGAUUUAACCGAGAGACAAGUAAAAGUGUGGUUUCAGAAUAGACGGAUGAAGCACAAGAGACAGACACAGUGUAAAGAGAACCAGAAUGGGGAAGGCAAAUGUAAAAGUUUGGAGGACUCUGAGAAGAGUGAUAGUGAUAAGGAGAAGUCUCUGUUUGAGCAAGCUCUGAGCAAUGUCUCUGGGGCUUUACUGGAAAGAGACGGCUACACAUUUCAGCAAAACGCCCUGUCCCAGCAGCAGGCUCAAAACUCGCACAAUGGGGAACCUCAGAGUUUUCCAAUUUCGCCUUUAUCCAGCAACGAGAAAAAUCUGAGACAUUUUCAGCACCAGUCACCCACUGUUCAGAACUGUUUAUCAUCUACCCUGAGCCAGGACACUACGGCUGGCAUGGACAAUGAUAGUCCUGAGGCACUAGAUGUGGCUUCCCUAUCAGACUUCAAUGUCUUCUCGUCAGAUUCCUGCCUACAGCUCUCAGACACGGUGUCCCCCAGCUUGCCAGGAUCUCUAGAUAGUCCUGUAGAUAUCUCUGCAGACAGUUUUGACUUUUUCACAGAUACAUUUACCACCAUUGACUUACAGCAUCUCAACUACUGAAACAUCUGCACACUAAAAUAAUUAUUUUGUGUGUGUGUGCGUGUGUAUGUGUGUUAAAAAUGCGUUUUUUAUUAUGUCCAAAAGACAUUUCAGUACUUAAUUUUCCUUUUCUGUUUCACCAGACAAUUGGAAGCAAUAAGUGAGGCCUCUAAGAAAGUGACUAUAAGUAAAUGUAUCUUCACUUUCUUUUUAUUUUUGUAUUACAUCGUUGUCAUAUAAGUAUUUUUGUAGAAUAAAAGACUAUAUCCCACAUGUUCUUUUCAUUUACCUCCUCUUAAAAUAAUCUUACGUAAUCUCCAUACAAUUUUUAUGCGUCCAUAAGAGGCAAUACAUAAUACAUAAAAAAGCAUAAAUAAUAACUCGCAACAGCUUAUGAAUGUUUCUAUAGAACAACAUUUUUAUUGUAAGUCUACAUUUUAUAUAUAUAUAUAUAUAUAUAUAUACACACACACACACACACACACACACACACACACACACACACACACACACACACACACACACACACACCUUACAGAGAUAGUUACAAUGUGUUAUCGAUGAAAAUUAAAAUGAUUGGGAUGAUCAUUUACUAUAUAUAUAGUGUACAAUAGCUAAGUGGGAGAAUGGGGAAAAAAGCAAUGAAAAAUAAAUCACGGGUUUCUUUUUGCUGAUAACCAAAUAAAAUGUGUUGAUUUGUAAACUUUAAAAAUCGAAACAUUUAAUUGAGAAAUAACUUCAUAUUUAGUAAUGUGACGUUACUUCACUGAUGAGGUCCGGAGGAAAUAUAAUCUAGGAGACACAAAACAGUUUAAAUCAUUAUUAUAUCUAUAUACAGUAUUCUAAAAGCAACACAUAAAACUGCACUCCUACAAGGUAGCAGAAUAGUCUAGAAGCGUCCCUUCCCCCACUGUUGUAAUGAUAUAAUCUCGAAUGUUCCUGCAGUUAAGUGUGUGUGUGUGUGUGUGUGUGUGUGUGUGUGUGUGUGUGUGUGUGUGUGUGUGUGUGUGUGUGUGUGUGUGUGUGUGUGUGUGUGUGUGUGUGUGUGAGAGAGUUUGUGUGUUUGUACAUAUAUAAGAUUUAAAUCCGAUUUCAUACAUAGAGAUAUAGUGUAUAAUAAUGGUUUGUUUUUAUCGGCCCUACACGUUGGAAGGCUGCUUAGGCAAUAAUAUCUAGGCGUGCUGGUUGCAAUUCUUCCUAAACUCAUAAAUCAAAUGCUUUCUAUGAAUGAGAAUGUCAUCAAGGAGAUCAAUUGCAGGAACGCACACAUAAAUACAAAAAAAAACUCCUCUUACGUAUUGCUCCAGACUGGGGAUUCCGUCCAGAAGCUUUAGAGUUAGAAGGCGUUUAGCCAUAAUUCAUUUUUAUUGCCCUAUUAAAACAACAGCUUGGUUUUACUGCGGCUGCAGCAACAAGGAGUGAGCGUGCCCCAUUCUAUUCUAUUAAUGUCUGAAAGAGACUUCCCUGUAUGGAGAGCGAGUAUUUCUGUACUGUACAGUCACAUAAACCCUCGAUCAUCUUAAAAAGAUUAAUUACUAAAACAUCACCGUUAUCAUAUCGGUUAUACACACUAUGUACUCACCAAACUAAUUAAACACAGACCUCAUAGAUUUUUUUUUUUCUCACAAAAAUGAUUUCCAGCCGUUUAUUUAUUACUUAAUAAUUUUUGGGGUAUUUCAAGAAAUACAUAUUAAUUACAUAUAAUUUUAGCUAAUUAAAAUAUUUAUAUCGCAUUGAUUUAGUGUUUUUCUUUUAAACAAACAAACCCAAAAACUAUAUCUUAUGUUGUAGGAUGUAUAAAGUAAUAUAUAUGUUUACGCUUCCUUUUUUUCCCCCCACAAAGGAAUUCCAGAGAGAGAACGCUAUAAAAAAGACACAUUCCUUUCAUAGUUAUGUGCUAUGUCCUUUAUAAUUCGGAUUGAACUGCAGGAUUCUAAAGCAAAGAUUCCAUGUCUUUGUUGCUGACAGUAAGACAAAAGAUGUGUCCUUCUAUGCAAAACAGCACCAGUAACGCUGCUUCAGUGAAAUCCCACAGCUCUUCAUGGCUAAAUAUAAAAUAUAUUCUCCCAGUUUAAGUCAGUGAAGGUAUAAUAAAUCGUGACUCAUU